GGUUUUUCAGUGUGGGUCGCCCUUUCUCGCAAGAUGGUAAUAAAAAUUCCUUUCUGCCUUCUACCUGGAGAAGCCUCUGAAUUUAUUGGAAAUAAGGAUAGCUGUCCCAGACAUACCCAAAUCAGCAACCAGGGAAAUGCUUCCCUUUUUCUGAUGUCAGUGAGCAGGAGCUGAGGAAAGGAGAGAAGGAAAAGAGGCUUGCAGAAGAAAAAGAGAAGGGAAGCUUCAUGACAUAAAGGCUCAAGCUGAUAACAGAUACAGAGAAGCAUCUCAACAACCGAGGGAAAUAUUGGUCUUUAGGUGCAGUGGAAGCAAUAUCUACCUAAUCCAUCAGAUAAAUCUUUAUUCAUGGAAAGAAGACUACUGAAAAGAGAAAUUAAAAAACUUCUCCACUCAUUUCGGUAACAUCUCUCCCCCUUCGAAGGGUCCCCCUCCAGCAGGGGACCUUUUUGCUCUCAUCAUCUUUCCCCUGCCAGUCUCCAGAAAAGAUCUGCUAAGGAUACAGGUGUGAUUAUGUGGGCAUCCGACUUCGGGAAAAUGAAUUUGACCCAAAGGGAAGAAGACAACUCACUUAUUUAGAUGAUAUGGCUCAUUAUGAUUUGGCCAUCAGUGUCGCAUUACAGUGGCUCGGUUACAAAGAAGACCAAAUACAUUUGGAUUGGGAGAAAGUGAAGGUACCAUUCCAUUGCAGGCAUGUAUUUCCUAAUCGUCUUGAACGAGAAGCUAUGAUUCUAUCAUUUUAUGCUGGGAUCCUAAUGAACAGUCUCCCCAUUGAAGAAAUCUUUGAAAUUUAUAGUAUUUACCCCUCUUCAAAGAACUGGCCUGGUGCUAAGAAGGUUCCUCGGGCCCAAAGUAUUCAUCUCUCAUUGCAUCCUUUUGCCAUGCUAACAGCUUCCAAGGCAGUAGAACAUGCUCAGAAACAAAGUGUCAAGUUACGAAGGAGAAUAGCCUGUAGAAAUGCCACCAGCAUCUCAAAAACAACAAAGGCAAUGGGGCCAAAGUCAGCAAAAAGCUCAGAAAACCAGCCAAAGACAAAAGUCUCCACGGAAGAUAAAAUUUGGGAUCAAGGCAACGAGAGAAUUGACGACCAAAGGCGCAACAAAAAAAUACCAUCUGAGAAGGCAGAACCUUGCUCUGACUUCUUUCCAUAGAUACCAGCUUCAAGCAACACUAGUCCCACCCCUAUGCUGUACUCUUGUGUUUUCUGCUAUUUUGUUGCUUUCUAGAAAAGUGCUCUUUCUCUGACUCUGGUUAUUCAGAUAGGUGUGGGCCUAGCCCUGUGCACUGAGUUGUUGGCCAGGCAUGGGCUUAGUCUGCUCUGUGCAGAUACUCUAACACUGUGAAGUACGUUUGAAUAGAUUUCCCUCUAAUUACUUGCUAUUUGUACUUCUGUCCCUUUGCUUUGUAUCUCAGCACAUUUCAACUCCUUGGCACAUUCUUCAAAUGCUAACCCCUGAAUGUUCUUUUUCUUUCAUAGAAAUGAGAGAGGAAGACACUUAAUUUUCCCAAGUAAAAGUUACAACUGCAUUACUGCUUCCAGUGUAUUUUAAUGUAGAUAUAUUUGUUCAAUGACUGUUUAUAAUAAAGGACAUAUCAAAAAUA